CACUAUCAUUGCUUUGGACUCUGAACCUUAUUAUGCAAACAAAAUAUAUAAAGUCAAUGAACUACUCUGUAUCAUUAAUAACCAUGAUGGCUGCAAGAUUUAUACUGCUAGUGCUGUGUAUCUGCAAUACGGGGCAAGUGAGGGCAUCGUGUGACUGCAAGCUGGAUGCAGCUACCACAACAAUAAAACCAGAGAUCAUCAACUCAAGACUUAAAUCCCAACAAGAAAUAAUAGCUGGCCUCGAGGAACGGUUCCAGAAGAUAACUAAGGACAAUGCACUGAAACUUGAUCGUCUGAAGAGUACCAAGGGAGAUGUCGAACGGAUGACAGAUCUUAUUUAUCCUCAAGUAAAUAAGUGUGCCAAGAAGAGUCAUUUGCGCUGCAAAGAAUCAGGAGAGUGUAUCCAUCAUCUGUUGGGCUGUGAUGGGGUGGUUGAUUGUCUAGAUGGAUCCGAUGAGGCUAAUGAAACGUGCACAAAUCCCGUGGUACCCGGCCACCCAUAUAUAGCUGUUCUUCCAAAACGCCAGACAUGUUUCCCAGAUGCUUCCUCUGAAGUCAAAAUUAUUUGCUUAGUAAAAGAAACGACGAUAUCAGAACAUUUCCCGCAGGUUUUCCGAGGAACUGGAACGGGGGAAUAUAGUUUUAAAGAUACCAAUGGAAGGGAUGUCAAGGGUUUCUUGAAAAUCGAGUUAACUCACUUUGUGGCCUCGGGUGAAAUGAUAUGGAACUAUUCCGGUGACUAUAAAUUUAGAGGAUAUGCGUUCCUGCCUUAUUUCCUCGAGUCAUCGCCGCUUAUAGGCUACUAUUACCAUGGACACGAUUUCAAAGAGGUUUGCUCAAAUGCAGUUUGGCAUUAACAAAAUACAUAUAUAAGAAAUUGGACUUUUGAUAAAUGAUUAACUAUAUUUCAACUCCAACAAUAUCCUUGGUGAUAAACUCUAUAAUUAUAGAUUGUAUUUUAAAUACCCAAAAUGUUUGGACUUUAGAUUUGAGGUUUAGCAGCUUAAAUUGUCUGGCCUAGCUGUCAUAUACAAAGAAGUUAUUCACCAGGAGGGAUUUGAUAUGGGAAAUAUCACAAGGGUGAUGACAAUAUUUCCCAGGCCAUUGAUAUCAUCCGAG